GACUAUCUGGCUGGCUUUUGGAACCACUUUCGGUCUUAUCCUCACACUGUCCUGCUACGAGGAUGCGCGUCGCCGGUCACCCCACAACUACAUAUUCUUAGCUGUGUUUACGCUCGCUGAGUCGUAUCUGGUUGGCGUGAUCACUACGGCGUUCGAGGUUCACCAGGUACGGAAGCACACGCGCACGCUAAGCCAGCUAUAUCCACAGGGUUGGGUUUGUUGGGUUUCCACAGGGUUGGGUUUGUUGGGUUUCCACCCGUGUAUCGUAUCUAUCUACUAUGUAGUCCCGGCAGAAUACACUCCGGCAGAGUUGGGUUUGGCGGGAGUGGCCACACCGGCCUUCGAGCUGUCCCAGGUGUUGGAGUCGGCUCAGCCUGUACUUGUUGUCCGUGAUAUCAAGUUCUUGUUUCGACCCGUAUCUAUAGGAUGA